AUGAUGGUCUUUACAAUAAAUCGCUUUGAUUUUCCACUUCUUCGCGGCUGUCGCUUUUAUUUUAUUUUCUUUUAUUUAUUUUUUAUUUCUUGCCCAGUUUACAUCUUGCCCUUCUAUAUUUUUAUGCGCAAUAAAUAUUAUAAUGCCUUGAGGCAGCGAGACGUACUAAAGAUAUAUAUGUUUUGUCUGCAUGUGGUGUACUACUGGUUCUAUCCAUGUGUGCGUGUGUGUUUGUGUGUAAUACGCCUGAACUGUCUGCGUGGUGGUUUCUCUGGUGGGGGACCACUUUUUUUUUUUUUUUUUCUGCACUCAUUUUACUUUUUGGUUUGGGCUCCCUGCCUGUGGAUGACACCGUGUGUCCAUCUGUGGGGAUCACUGGAGGGGGAGGGACCAAGGAGAAACAACAAAAAACAAAACGAGAAGGGACGUGCACAUCCGCCCAGGUGGUGGGGGGUGGGAGCGGUGUUUCCGGGAGAAGAGUUUUACCAGAUGGGCGGCCUGUUCACACGGUUCAUUUCUUUUAUGUAUUUUGACAGGAAUGAUGACGCGGAGGGAAUGCAAGCGACACCAGCGCCCCCGUUUGAUGUGGGUGUGGCGCUGGAGGAGGUGCCACCCGAUGUGUACUUGAAGCGUGAAACCGCGAUUAAGCCGAGCAUCCCAAUCACUGGGAAGCAGUUCCUCAAGCUGCAGGAACACGUACCGCCGCGAUUUCAAGGCCGACGCUGGCGUCUUUUAUUUUGCAGCGGCCUUCACGGAUUUUCGCGUCUUGCGCUACAACACAACUGCGCUGAAGAGAUUAGGAGUGCGCGGGGUAACGAGCGACCUGCGGUUUUAAUAGUUUCCGCUGGAAGUGAAGGGAAGAUACUGCUGGGGGCGUACAUUUCCUGCAUCCCACAGACGUCAAACAAGAAAUACGUCGGGACCGAAGAAAGUUUUCUUUUCUGCGUGCCGUCACCGUCUUCUUCUUCCUCGUCCGCUUCGUCGUCGGAGGAUGAUCUUCGCAUCUUUACGGCCCCUGCAGAUGCCGCGAAUCGUUACUUUAUGCGCUGCGACAACGGUGCUAUUACUUUUGGGGGCGGUGGCAAGGGCCCCGCACUCUUUCUUCACUCAGAUUUUGCUAGUGUGUCUUGCAGCACGUUUUGCCCAACGUUUGGAAUUCGUGAAUCCCUUCUUCUGCUCAACGCACGGCCCGGGGGGGAUGGGGAUGCUGCUGUUUUUGAUCUGCCAAAUGACGUGCAUUUGGAGGGCGGUGAGCCGACGACGUCUGUGCGGGCGGUUCAGCUGUGGACUAUAGGCGAUGAGUACUUUUCGCUCUUGUAG